UAAAAGUGUAAUUAAUAGAACGAACUAAUAGAAGUGCUAAGACUCGCAAAUAAUUUAAUUAUUUUAAUUAAUAAUGGCUUGCGAUACUUGUAAAAUUGCGCUCCAUAGUCCUCACGGCGGAAUUUUUUAUACAAAUGAUAUUGUGUCUGGAUUCGUUAUUUUAGACGUUAGAGAAGAUUUUAAAGUAAAACAAAUUGAUUUCAAAGUAAAAGGUAUCAGUAAAGCAAGCUGGGCCAGAUCUUCACCUACAGUACCAUUUAUAAGGAAAUAUUCUGAAAAGAGAGAAGUUUUUAGUGUUACGGUUGAUGUUUUCGGGGACUUAAAAGGAACAACAAUAGAAUCAGGAAUAUUUACGCGUCCAUUUAAUUUCUUCUUACCACCUGAUCUGCCUUCAAGUUACGAAGAUUCAAUUGCAAAAGUAUAUUAUGAAAUCAAAAUAAGCAGUAAAUCUUUUUUCAAAACAGUUUGCCCACUAACUGUUAUUAACAAAGUUGACUUGAAUCAGUUUGAUGAAUAUAAGAUACCUCUGUUGUACGAAAUGAGAAAAAAAAUUGGUAAAUCCGGUAAUUUUUCCUUGAUUUUCAAAACUUACAAAGGAUUUACUGCGAGACAGUUAAUACCAUUCGAAGCCAUUAUAUCAAAUGAACGAAAAAUUAAAGUAAGAAAAAUAAUGGUAUAUUUAAUAAAAAAAAUAGAAUACAACGUCUCUUCUGGUUUUAAUAUUGCUGAGAAAAUAUUAUGUAAAUCGGUUUACAAAAAUGUGUUAAAUAUUGUUUCACAAACUUGCUGCUUUGAUAUGGAAAUCCCUCAAGAUGUUCCACCUUCUACUAUUCGUAUGAACGAUCUUAUGGUUUCAAUUUCCUAUUCGUUAAGAGUAAAAGUCACUUUUCUAUUUUAUUUACCUCUGUUCGUAGACAUACCUGUAACAAUUGCCUCAGUACCCAUUUCUUAUCAUACUUAGUUAAAGUUUGUUUAUUAUUAUAUAGAUGAACUCUAGUGUAAG